AAAGAAAUCCUUUUCUUUUCCUUUUUUUUCUUUCAGAUAUCCAAACUAACAAAAAUAACAAAUUGACCCCUCUGCAGUCUCUCUUUCGAUCUGCUAUCCUUCGCCACUCUGCAAUAAAUCAUUCUGCUACAAAUGCAACUUCAAUUUUAGCGCGAGCAACGAGGGUUUCAAUCCGUUUUUGAUCAAUUGGUAUAGGCAGAGCUGAAAUCUCCGUGAAAUCGCGAUGGCUGAUAAUCCCAAGGACGAUCUUCUGCAGUUGAUCAAACGCGUUGGAGCUUUUCUCUCCGUCAAGUUUUCCAAUUUCCCCCGCGACCUGGAUUCACGAUCAGUUGGGGCCAUAGCAGGGCUAGCAUUUGCUUUAGUGUUUACUUGGAGACUAUUGAGAACACCUAGUGAACCUGAAAGAAGGCAAUCUAAACGGCCGGCGAGUAGUUCUGGUGUUAGUAGUGCUGAGACAGUGAAUGCUUCAUCCUCGGGGGCUAGCAAUCCUUCAGGGGAUUCAACAACCCAGAAUGUUAUCGAUGAGUUCUUUCAGCCUGUGAAGCCGACCCUUGGACAAAUUGUUAGGCAAAGGUUGAGUGAAGGAAGGAAGGUAACGUGUAGGUUGCUUGGUGUUAUUCUUGAGGAGAGCACUCCAGAGGAACUACAGAAGCAAGUGACUGUAAGAUCAUCUGUGCUGGAGGUGCUGCUUGAGAUCACAAAGUUUUGCGAUCUUUAUCUGAUGGAAAGGGUUCUCGACGAUGAGAGUGAAAAGAAAGUCCUCGUAGCUCUGGAAGAUGCUGGGGUUUUUACAUCAGGUGGCUUAGUCAAAGAUAAGGUUCUUUUCUGUGGCACGGAGAAUGGACGGACAUCUUUUGUCAGACAAUUGGAACCAGAUUGGCAUAUAGACUCCAAUCCUGAAAUUACUACCCAAUUAGCUAGAUUCAUAAAAUAUCAGCUUCACGUCUCAUCUGUCAACCUCGAACGACCUGCCUCCAAUGUCUUCACAGCUCCAUCCUUGGAACAAUUCUUUGGAUGUGUCUAAUGUGCAAUAGUAAGUUGCUGAUAUUCAGACGGACAAUACUUAAUUCAGUCAUAGAAGCGAGAAACCUUAUGAUACAAACAAGUACAGAAAUUCACCUAGAAUUGAUUCUUUUUGUCCUCGAAGCCUUCAGAAAAUUUCAUCUGUGUACUUUUAUACGGUGUAUUAUGCUUAGAAAUAACUUCGUUCCGUUUUUCCAACCUUAUAACAUGUGUUAGGAUUUAACCCCUGUUGUAUUUCGUAUCACCAUCACCUAUACCAUUCUGAUUGGCGUCCAUUCAGCACAUAACGCCCUUCCUAGGAAGUUCGUGUGUUAGUGUUGAGUUUGCUGUUUCAUCGAGAGGUGAAACCCAAUGUCCUCGUCUGAUGCAUCAGGAAAGAUCGACAUUAGCAGGAUGCCCUCUGCCAUGAGAAGGAUCAGCACAAGGCUGUAUGGAUGAAAGGCGCACUCCCAGGUUAUGUUUUUGUUAAAGUUUAUCUGUCUCACGCUCUCUGCCCCGUUUCCAUUUGUUUGCUCGAGAUUGUCCGUUGAUUAUCGACUUUCUUGUUGCUGGUCUGUGAAAGCCCUUGUAGAGCAUCACAUGGAUUGAUUGGAGUUUGAAUGUUAAUGUUGCCUUACUGUUUCUCUUUGCCUAGACUGAGCUGCUGCUUUUGUGUUAAUGGUGGUUGUAUAGAUAUGAGGGGUAUUUCAUACGUAUUUUGCAUUAUAUACAUAUACUUUGUUGGGAUAUCGUUGAAGCACUUUUCUUGUGUUUUUCCAAUCCAUUUUACUGCAACUAAA